AUGAAUAUUAUUACUUCUUAUUUUCGAAAGAACCAGGAAGUAAAGGAAGAACCAAAACCUUCGAAUGAAGAGCAAUCGAGCCAGUUUAACAUCAAUGUGCCAGUUAUACUCUUAAUUGGAAAAACGGGUGCCGGUAAGAGUACAUUGGGAAAUCAUUUAUUAAAGUUCUCUGGUGAACGAUCCAUAUUUGAGACCUCCGGAAGUUUUAGUUCGUGCACAAGCCAAUCUAACUCUGCGGUUUACAAAAUUCGCGACAAAACUUACAUCAUCAUUGACACGCCUGGGAUUUUUGACACCAACAGGCCCAAUGAAGAUGUCCUGGAUGAAAUUUCGCGCACCGUACAAAAAUGUGCCUAUGGGAUCAGAGCCAUACUAUUUGUUUUUGAAGCAAAAAGGUUAACGGAUGAGCAAAAAAACGUGAUCGAUGGGAUUUCGACGUUUUUCGGGGAAGAGGCCUUUCUAUACAUGGUUUCUGUUUUUUCGAAUUGUAAAAAGUUGAGUACAGAAAACUCCGAAGAAUUCAAAAAGUCUUGGAACGUAGAGGUUCGCAUGUUUGUCAAUCGCAUGGGUUAUCGGUGGGCCAUUUCUCCGAAUCCAGACAUCUUUCCUCCUGGAACUCACAUACACGCAAAAUGUCUAGAAAAUUUAGAAAAUACUAUUAAUUCCCUUGAUGGUGUGUAUACAAAUGAACUUCUUGAAAAGACACGAAAAGUACAAGAAGAUCGUGCGCGGAUUGCAAGGGAAGAAAAUGAAAGACGACAAAAAGAAUAUGAUGAAAUUAAAAUAACUGAAGGUAAAGCCAAGGCAGAAGCAGAAUACAUGAAACGGAAGAAUGAAGAUGAUGAAAGAGCACGUAUUGCAAAUGAAAAACAAUUCAAUGAACUUAAAAAUUUCUUAAUGAAUAAAAUUAAUGAUCUAGAACGUAAAAAAGGAGGAGGUUGUUUCUGGCUUGAAACCCGAGUUAAGCUGGAAUCAGGAAGAGUCAUUCGAAUGUCAGAACUCCAAGUAGGAGAUCGAGUAUUAUCAAACAUUAAAAAUGGUUUCGAAGAGUUCUCAGAAGUUUAUCUUAUUGCUCACGUUGGUAAGUUCGAUCAUGAAGAAAAGUUUACCAAAGUUGGCUUCACCAAACCAAACGGCUUUAAAGGUCAUUUACAGCUCACAACCACUCAUUAUGUAUUUAAUGAAAAUUUAUCUAUAAUGUUUGCCAAAGAUUUGCAACCAGGAAAAACCAGGAUUUUGGUUUCCGACGGUAAUAAUAAGCUAGUUCCUGUCAUUGUAGAUGAUAUAACGAUCGAAUGGAAUGAUGAAUAUAUUAGUUUCUACACUCGGGCUGGAACAGUUAUUGCUGAAGGUGUAUUAAGUUCUUGCUAUGACGAUUGUCCGCCGUCUCAGUCGCUCAUGGAUCUAAUUUUUUUGCCAGUUCGCUGGUGGACCGUUUUCAAACCAAGCACGCAUCGUGAAAAGCGCCUUCAUCCUUAUGUUCAGUUCUUGGAAACGACUUAUUUUUAUUUUUUCAAUUUUAUGGCCCGUUUUUAA